GCACCAGGAGAGACACACCGAGCCAAGCCACUCCAACAUUGUCCAGCAAAACUCGGUAGUGGAGCGAGUGGAGCUCAAAUCCGUUUAGGAGAUGAUGCCCCCUUCAAACUUGACGGAUUGGCCAAAAGACUCCACAGGUUUCUACUACGAAGGGUCUUCCACUGACUACCCAUAUUACUACUACCCGUAUUACCCGGAUCUUCCUCUACCAAAACCAGACGAUUGGCUGGAGACUGCAGGCACGGUCACUGCCGUCUUCUACAGCUUGAUCAUCUUCAUCAGUCUCACAGGAAACAGCUUCUUGCUGUGGGUUCUGGUAAAGCACAAGGGCCUGGAGAGCUCGGCGAACCUUCUGCUCCUGCACCUGACCAUCUCGGACUUGAUCUUCAUCCUCACGUUGGUGCCAUGGGCGGUCUACCAUGUCGAGGGCUGGAUCUUUGGAGAGAUGGCCUGCAAGGUGUUCAGUGGAACCAUCCUUUUGGGGUUCUACAGCUACAUGAUGUUCCUGACAUGCAUGACGAUUCACCGCUACAUUGCAGUGGUUCACGCCUUGCGCACCUCGCUGCUGGACGCUCGUAGAGGACGACUGUACACCCACUUGACGUGCACCGUCGUCUGGGUGGCCUCAGCCAGCAGUAGCCUUCCUGAAGUCCUUUAUUCUGAGACUGAAACAGGUUUCAUGGGAGUUUCUUGCAACCUUAACAUAUCCAAAGAAGUGGAGCUGAUCGUCAACUGGCUCCAGAUCUUGCUCUUCUUCCUCAUACCCUUCUUAGUCAUCACCUUCUGCUAUGCCCGGAUCUUGAUGACUAUCCGAAGCUGUCAAAUGAGGAACAGAGAGCACACAGUCUGGCUGAUUUUAUGCAUCGUCGUAGGAUUUUUCAUCUGCUGGGCACCUUAUAACGUGACCAUUUUCUUACAUUCACUUUCAGCACUGAGGAUUUCGUCAAUGGCCACCUUUGCCUGGGAGAAAGGUCUGGCCUAUGCUUAUUAUGUAACUCAUAUCAUGGCAUACAGCCACUGCUGCCUCAACCCCCUCAUCCAGAUCUUCGGAGGGGUGAAGUUCAGGAGAUACCUGCUGCCAAGCAACGGCUUCAGCCGUAUGUCUGAGAGAGACAGGAGCCAUACGUUCAGCUCACAGGGAAAUCCCUACCAAGCCUCCGCCGCAGGACAGAUGACGGGUGUGUGACGGGUUUUUAGAGCAUCUGUUCCAAGAAGUGAAGAUAAAAAAUAUAAUGUAAAAAAAGAGCAAUUUGUUUAAUUUUUUGCAUUUACUUUAGUGCAUAUUUUUGUUGCAAUUGUUGUAAAAUACCGUAUUUGAGAGUGAUAGUUUUGCAUGACAAAAGUAAUUUAGUGUAAAAUUACAGAAAAAAAAAAUACAUACAGUAAACUGCAGCUCAAAGUGCUGUACAUACAAACUAAGAUAAGACAAUGAAAAAUAGGGGUAAAAAAGGUAAAUUAGGAUAAGAUAAAAGGUUUUAAACUGUAAAACAUUACAGUUAUUAUUAAUCAAUUAAAUAAAAUAUUUUAUGCAACCUUUUGUUACAAUGGACAAUUUGCCAAAACUGAUUAUUUUAUUCAAUGUAUACUGUUUUUUUCUAUAGAUUGUUCUUCAUAAAAUCAUGAUAUAUUUUAUAUUUUAUGUAAAUUUGAGAUCAAAGGG